UGCAUCCCACAAUAUUUUCUUCGGACACCAUAACAACGGGUUAUGUUUCUCUAUAAAACUUACCACACACCUCACAAGUGUUCUGAUGCAGCCCACAAUAUUUUUUUUUUUUGGAUACCAUAACAUGUGAGUGAGAAAGAGUCUAGUCCACUUAGCUAAGCUGAGUUGUCCCCUCAUUUAUUCUUUUUAGUUCCCAAACAAUAUAUUACUUUAUUACCAAACCACUAAUCGUACUUUAGUUCUUCUUCGGCUGUUGAAGCUCCCGUUCUCUCCACAAAACCAAUGGCUUACUUCUAUGAUACUGAGUCCUAACUUCAUUUGGUGCAUUCCUUACCUUAGAAGUUCUGCGCAACUUACGCUCCUCGGGGAGGGUUCCAGUUCUUUGGUUCAGAUGUGCGAAUGUUGGAGGAGUAUGAGUUCAUUUCCCUCUCUUUUUCCUUUCGAGGUACGUGCACUUGUUACCAAUCUUAGGUGUGAGAGUUUUUUGAGGCUAGAAUAGCAAAUCCCUGCCACUUCUGCCCCAUUGUUGUCCGAUUGUUUUUUUUUUCAAUCUUGUGAAAUGAGGGUAUACGGGUUAUGGUCCAUACUUCGUUUCUAAGUUUCUGGGUGAAGAGGUUCGCUUUGAUUGUAAUUUUUUUUUUCUCUAAAAAACUGAAUCUUCAUUGCGGAGGUGUCUGCUUGAUAAAUGAGCAGGAGUACGUGAACUCUGAGUCAGAUCUGCAGCUUCUAACAGAAGGGAACAAAGAUAUCUCUGUUCUAGAUGAUGAUCUUUGUUUCAUUCGCUGGCUUGUCACUCAUUUUUUCCUCCCCGCCAUUUUUUCCAUAAUGAGUUGCUUCCCCUUGAUAUAUUUAUCAUGUCCCAUGCAUCCAUAGGGAAAAGGUCAAUCUUGCAUCCAUGAUGUUUCUAAAUAUACUCAAAUAUGUCCCACAUAUUGAUCACAAGGAUGGUAUUACUAGCAUUCAUUAUGCCACUAUGGUGACCAAGUUCCUCAACCAAGUUGGCGCGGAUCUUGAUGUUCAUCCAUCCUCUAGUGGCAUUUUUGUGUGCUAUCCUGUUGUCCCCAUCAUUGAAGAUCUACGGGACCCAGUACGAGCUGCUCAACAACGGAGUCUGAAACACGAGAUGCUUACUAGAAUGGCGGAAACCAGGGAUCAAGAAGACAUGGAUGGACAGAGGGAUAUGGGAGAUGAUGAAGAUGAUGAUGAGGAUGAGGAUGAUGAUGAUGAUGAUGAUAAUGGGGACGAGUAUAAAGAUUUAGAUGUUCAUGCAGAUAGUGGAUUUCGGCCUCGUCGACAAGUCUAGUGAAGUGGAAAGAGGAGGAUGAGGAAGGAGAUUGUUCAUGCAGCAAAUGGAUCAAUAUGUUUUUUGUUUGUGUAUGGACUAGUAGCCUAGUAGGUUAUGUUUUCGUAAUUUUCUAGAUAUCUUGUUCCUUUUUUACUUAGAACUUUAUGUUUAUGUAGUUCUUUUUUGGCUAUUUAGCAUAUGGAUGCGUUGUUUGUGUUUUUAUAAUGUUUUCAAUCUGUGUUUUCUUUUGUUCAUUUGUUUUAUGUUGAACCGUGAAUAGCGUUUGGUCCAUCAAUAAGGAUAUCCACAACCCUAUGGCUAAAAGGGCAAGCCCCAAUAAAUCAUCUUCAACAUU